AAUAAACUGUAUGAUAGUUAAAUUAAAAUCACAAUUAUUUUUUCUUACGAAAAAAAUCGAUUUUAAAUUAUCAAUGUCAAGCUAUAUACAAUUAAAUAGUGUGUUGAUUCUUUCUAAGAUAACAAGAUAUGAAUUUGAGAAAAUGCGUUAUAAGUUUAACAAUGAUGAAGAUCUAAGACAAAGGUUGGCUGAAAGAGGAUCUAACAUUGAUAGCCUACUUGAACACCAUAAAACUCAUCAUGACAACCUGGACAAAGUUCUAGAAAGUUUUAAGCAAAGGCAUAUCCAAACCAAGCUAGUACGCAGAAGCGAGUACGAAACGGAAAAUCUGAAAUCUUACGACGCUAUAUUCACCUGCGGCGGUGAUGGAACUUUUCUAUUAGCCGCUAAUAAGGUGCACACAUCCCUUAUACCAGUCAUCGGAAUCAACACAGAUCCGCUCAACUCUGAAGGCUAUUUAUGCCUUCCUAGCAAAUUUACCAAAAAUUUUGGCAUAGCGCUCGAUAGACUUAUCAAGGGAGAAUUUAAGUGGCUUAAACGGAAUCGCAUAUCGGUCACCUUAACCGGCAACCGAAAUCUCUUAGGCUUGAGUACGCCAACAUUUCACGAGUUCCGGUUCGCCGAACACGUGCGGGAACUCGAACGCACGCGUAGCACUUCUCCAUUGAACCCCAGCGCAUCGCUCGAUUGCGCAUCGUCCCGGAACGGAAUUCCGAAGACCGAAAAAGCAAAAGCCAUGCAAAAUGGUUACCCUUCUAAAAUCAGUAACGGUCAUCUUCACGACAUAGUUGAUGACGUGGUAAAAGAUGGCGAUGAUGUCCUGACCACCUAUUCCCUUCCCGAUUUAGCUCUAAACGAAAUUUUUAUCGGAGAAAAUUUAUCCUCCAGGGUCUCCUACUACGAACUAUCGAUUGACGGGUUGGAACCUAUCAAACAAAAAAGUUCUGGUCUAACCGUUUGCACCGGAACAGGAUCAUCAUCCUGGUCAUUCAACAUCAACAAGAUCCCAGUCCAUUCCGUCGCCGAAUUAAUGAAAAUCGCCAACGAAAUGACAGGCUCCCACGUUGAUUGUCAGGACGAGGCCUUAAUGAGCCGAAUCAGUGACGCCUUUAACAGCAAACUCAUAUUCCCUCCCGACGAAAUCAAAAUGGCAUACACUAUUAGGGAUCCCGUCAUUAACAAUAUAUGCGGCAUAGAUAGACCCAGGGGUUUCGCAUCCGCUGUCAACGUUCGUUCGCGAUGCUGGGACGCCCGCAUUGUUAUAGAUGGCGGUUAUUCCUACACUUUUAACGACGGAGCCUUGGCCAAGCUUACCUUAGACCCUUCUAACGCUCUUCUAACUGUUAACCUAACUUAAAAAAAUUCCUUACCAAAACUCAACGUGGUGGAUACCAUGAUAUUUCAGCCUUUCCGCCAAAGCUCAAACUCUUAUAGUUGCCCAUAACUAUUAAUUUUUAAACCUAUAUAUUUUUUUAAGAAAAAAAUCCUUUAAAUUGAGAACAUAUAGAUAAUUAUAUUUCCCAAUAUAUUUCUGGUCUUUCAUUUUUUUAUUCUUAGGAAUUCCAAUUUUUUUUUAUAGUUCUAUUAAUUUCCAUUUAAUCCUUCUAUCUUCAUCAUUUUUAUUUUAAAUGUAACCCUUAAUAUUUAAAAAAUAAUUUUUAAAUGUUUUUAUUUUGCAUUUUAUGUUUUAUAUUAUAAGACUAAUAUAAAGGUACACUGUAUAUAUAUCUUGCAAUUCCUUUAAAGAAGAAAAAAUAUCGCAAUUCCAUUUUUAAAAUUUUUUUCUUCUAUUUUUAUCCCAAAAAGACAAGAAAAACGUAGUCAAAUUUU